AUGACGAGCUCUGCAGACGUGAUUAUCCUGUCCUCAUCUCCAAAUACUUCGCCGCGUAUUCCCACGAGACUCACCAGCAAUACCGAGAGAGCGCUUGAGAUACCACCACAGGCUGCGACGACAUCGCCUAUCCCGUUGUUGUCGCAGCGGUUCCUACCUCCCUCGCGCUCCCGAUUCUUCGACGUGCCCACAAGGAAGGACGACGCACCCAAGAAGAAGCGCCAAACGACAAAAAAGCCCGCUUCGUCGGAUUUGAAGGAGAAGGAUGCUCCCAGCAAGUUACAACAGAAGGAGAAGAAAGUUACGAAGGACCCAACGCACAACGCUGAGGAAGACCUAGAGGCCCAAUCCAUUGAUUCUCGCAAGAACGUUGCGAAGAAGACUGCGAUACCCCAAAAAGGCCGCGCACAGCAAAAAGCCAAGAAAGAGACGGGGAAUUUAAAAUUGGCUGGCAAGGUUACCAAGGCGAACAAGAGUAACGAUACCCAGACGAAGACUGCGAAGAAGGCCGAACACAAGACGGCGGCAGUGCAAUCGCCUCCUGCCGAUUCAACAGAAACUUCUGAAUUGAAGGCAGUCUCUAUUGCGCUGGGUAAAGAUGAGGUUUUGCACCUGGACGAAGCUCUGAGAAGACGCAGGGACUGGACACCACCCAGAGAGACGUGUCCUCAACUCGAUAACACGAUGGAGAAUAACGGGACCAAUCCUGACGAAACUCUUGAAUCGAGUGCGAAGAGUGGGUUUGGGGGUAUUCUCACGGACUACAACUAUUCCGGGUCGGGUUCAGAUUCCCGGGAGAUCAGUACAAACGAGGGAGGUCCAACAAAACGAAGAAGGAUUGAGCUCGUGGACCCCCAGUGCCAACCAUGGCGCAACCAAAGUUUUGAAGAGGACAUUCCUGUCCAAGGAGAUACAUCAUCAUCAUCAUCAUCUGGGCGACUACCAAAGCGGAAGCCCAAGACUCAGAAGCGGCUCACAACCCUGACAGCUCGGGUGACAGCUCAGUAUACAUCGAAGGAUGUAGAGGAUUUAGAGGAAGAUCCUUCGGCAGACGACAUCACACAAUACAUCACAAAGUCAAAUUCUCGAGGGAGCAAGAAACAAUCAGCCGAUAAGGACCCGGAGUUGAUCGUCCUUUCUCCAGAGGCAGCUUUCAAGGCGCUGGAUCAACAGGAUGUUGUCUUCGGUACUUGCAGCCAGCUCGAGAGAGACGAUUCUCCAGAGACGUUGCGGGAGAUGCAGCGCGCCAUUCGUGAAUCGGAGAGCUUGGCCUUUGGGGAGAAAGGAACAGAUUUUCCGUCGGGCCUUGGACAAACAGCAAGAAGCGAAUCCACAUCAGGUUCCAUGUCUCGAUUCGCGGGCGCAAGAAACUUGUGGAGCGUUGCUGGCCGAGACAAAGCAGGGUCUUUGGUUCAGGCUCAGACUGUGGAAAAGGUUGAUCUGACAGAUGCAUCUCAUGUAAACAUGAAGAAAAAUGCACCUCAAAGACGUCCGAAACUAGAUCUUUCCGAUGAUGAGUGGAUCGACCUUGACGAUGGGAAAUCUGGCACUUCACAGCAAAUGAUAUCAUCCUCCACGAAAGCUUUGGAGCCACAAGAUGGCCUCGAUUCCCCAACUACCGCCGUACUUGCACCGCCAGUGCAAGAUGCCCAACUAGCUGUAGCAACAAGUCAUCAAACGACUGAGGUUUCGCAGCAGGCGCCAAUGCCACAAUACAGUGGUUUCACAGAUGCAGAACUCUCGAGGCAGGUUGCUGCAUACGGUUUCAAGUCUGUCAAAGGACGCAAGAAGAUGAUUGACUUGCUUCAAAAGUGCUGGGAGUCAAAGCAUGGCAAGCCCAACCACCCUGCUGAUGUCCCCUCCCAACCUGCCUCAGUGUCACAGGCAAGGAGUAUGACCACCGCGUCGUCUAUAAAGACACCGAGUCCCAAACCCAAGUCCAGGGCAAAAACGAAAGCCAGGAAGACUGUGUCAACGGCCACAUCGACGGAGCCUGCUACACGAACGGAGGCUAUCAUGAUGACCAGCCCAAAAAGGAACCAGCAACCAUCCUCAAGAGCCGCACGCCGUCCACCCUCUUCAAACGUAGACGUUGAAGAAAUUCAAGAUUCAGAGGAAGAGGUUUUCUUAUCCCCCAGUCAGGUGCAAAAGCGUUAUACCGAGAUCUUUUCCAGCGCCACUGCUUCAACCCAAGUCCCUUCUUUGGAAAUAUUGACGGAGGACCGGCCACCAACUCCCGCCAAGCGCAAAGCACCUGCCGCCUCUAAGACCUCGCGCAGUAUCAAGUCAUCUUCAUCCGCUGCUGCUGCUGCUGCUGCCAAGACGGACAAACCACUAACCGCCGAUCGCACUAGCUUGCUGGACAUAUCCAUUCAGAUCACGAAGGCCGUUCGUGCCCAACCCCAGCUUCUGCCCUCCAGCAGCCGAAGUCAGCCUACAUGGCACGAGAAAAUCCUCAUGUACGACCCCAUCGUCCUUGAAGACUUCACAUCCUGGCUGAACGUUGAAGGACUUGGCCUUAUUGGCGAGGAUCGUGAGGUUGGCACAGCGGCUGUGAGGGACUGGUGCGAGAGCAAGGGGAUCUGUUGCUGUUGGAAGAAGAAUGCAAGCUGGUGA